UGAAAACUAAUUGUGAAAUUGAGAUUAAUUGUGAAUGAAGAUAACAUAAUAAAUAUGAAAGGUGUUUACGCCUUACUUCUGCUGAUAUUCCCUGGCAUUUGCUUGGCAGUAGAGGAUGAUAGAAGAAUAGAUUGUUUGCCGGGUAAAGAUGAAGCGUCCUGUAGUUCUAUGGGAUGUAUUUGGGAGCAGACCCAGUCAGAAGCUCCAAACUGCUAUCUCCCUCAGACCUACGGUUAUAGGGCAAGAGGAGAACUUUAUGAGAUUGAAGGAGGACUAGCAAUAGACCUAGUCCGUGAAACUGAGAUUUCAAUGUUUGGAAGUGAUUAUCAAGAAAUUACUGUUGCUUUUGAACAUCAAACUAAAGAUCGUCUAAGGGUAAAGAUCUACUCAAAAGAUGAGCAGCGAUUUGAAGUUCCUCUCAAAAUUGAAGGUGCUGAAUUCAGUGAAGAGAAUGAAUACAGUUAUGAGAUCAUCAAUGAACCAGUCUUCAGUAUCAAGAUUUUCAGAAAAUCAUCUGGCACUGUUAUCUUUGACAGCUCUCUUGGAGGACUUACAUUUUCAGAUCAGUUUUUGCAGAUAAGCACAAUACUGCCAUCUUCCAACUUUUACGGUCUUGGAGAGCAGGAGCAACCAAGCUUUAAGCAUGACAUGAACUGGAAAACUUGGGGCAUGUUUGCAAGAGAUCAUCCUCCAGAUGGUGAUAUUAACCUGUAUGGCGUACAUCCAAGAUAUACUGUUCUUGAGGAAGAUGGAAAUGCACAUGGAGUACUUUUUCUAAAUAGCAAUGCACAGGAAGUGCUCUUGAUGCCAACUCCAGGUUUAGUUUACAGAACAAUUGGUGGCAUUCUUGACAUUUACUUUUUCUUGGGGCCAUCCCCAGAAGAAGUUGUCUCCCAGUACACAGAGGCAGUUGGAAGAUACUAUGUUCCACCGUACUGGUCUCUUGGAUUCCAACUUUGCAGAUGGGGCUACAAUACAUUGGACAAUAUGAAAGCAGCAUGGCAGAGAACUAGAGAUGCAGGAAUUCCUUUUGAUGUUCAGUGGGGAGAUAUUGACUACAUGGAUAGAUCCCUGGAUUUUACUAUAAACCCAACAGACUUUAAAGAAUUACCAGCAUUUGUUGAUUCCCUACAUGAUAUUGGCAUGAAAUUUAUCCCCAUAUUAGAUCCUUGUAUCUCCAUGGGUGAGCCAGUUGGAAGUUACCCUCCCUUUGAAGAAGGAAAUGCCUUAAAGAUAUGGGUUUCCAACUCAUCUGGAGAUCCUCUUGUUGGUAAGGUUUGGCCAGCUGACAAUUGUCAUUUUCCAGACUUUUCAAAUCCUACUACACAGGAGUGGUGGAUCAGUCAACUGGCAGUGUUUCAUGAGCUCGUGUCCUAUGAUGGUAUUUGGAUUGAUAUGAACGAGCCUGCUAACUUUGUAGCUGGAAGUGUUGAUGGCUGUGAAGAUAACAAGUGGAAUUCCCCUCCUUACAAGCCAAAAUCAGUUGGAGACACUUUACCUGACAAAACUAUCUGUUUAGAUGCUGAGCAAAAUUUUGGUCGGCAUUAUGAUACACACAGCCUGUAUGGUUGGUCUCAAUCUGAACCUACACUAAGAGGUGUUGAGGAAGCAACGGGAAAAAGAGGAUUAGUACUGAGUCGCUCCACAUUUGUUGGUUCAGGAAAAUAUGCUGCACAUUGGUUGGGAGAUAACUGGUCUGAAUGGGACAACUUACAUUUCUCUAUUAUUGGUAUCUUGCAAUUCAGUCAAUUUGGAUAUCCUCUGGUUGGUGCAGAUAUCUGUGGCUUCAUUGGCAAUAGUACUGAAGAAUUGUGUGCUAGAUGGCAUCAGCUUGGGGCUUUUUACCCAUUUUCUAGGAAUCACAAUGUUUGGGAUGGUGUUGAUCAGGAUCCUGGAGUCUGGGAGGGUGGUCUAGUUGCAAGAGUUGCAAAAGAUGCUUUCAAACUUAAAUAUGAAAUUCUUCCAUAUUUGUAUUCCUUAUUCUACUACCACACCUUAACGGGAGCAACUGUGACCAGGCCUGUUUGGCAUGAGUUUCCAAUGGAUAAGAAAACUUGGAACAUUGAUACACAAUUUAUGCUUGGACCUGGAAUCAUGGUUUCACCAAUCCUUGAACAAGGGAAAAUAACAAGACAGGUUUAUCUCCCGAAAGAUUCAAUUUGGUAUUCCUUACCUCUGGAUGGGAGCAUACAUUCUGGUGACAUUGAAGUAGAGUCAGAUCUAAACAACUCUGCUCACACAACUCCUAUUCAUUUUCGCGGAGGUUUCAUUAUUCCAACACAGGAAGGAGAUUUCAUGAACACUGUUGAGCAAAGAAAAUCAAAUGCAUUUUCAUUGAAAGCCUUUUUAAACAGUGAGGGAAUGGCUUUUGGUUUCCUUUUUUUGGAUGAUGGGGAAUCAUUAAACAGUCAAAAUGUUCACACAAGAGUCAUAUUUUCUAUUGAGAAAGGGUCUAUGGAAAGCAGAGCUGAAGUAAAUGAUUAUACUGAAGCAAAUAACAUGUUCUAUGAAAAAAUUACUAUUUAUGGGGUUAAAGAGAUUGUAACUCAGGUGACGUUGAACAAUGAGUUUAUUGAAGCUGAUGGUUUCAACUAUGACAAAGACUCCGUGAGCUUGACUAUCUACCUGGGACAAGAAUGUCCUGUUCCAGACCUAUUCGUUUUACAUUGGUUUUAAUAUAUGAAAUAAAAUCUUCUUUUGCAACUUAA